UUGAGAAAGAUCUGGCACAACCAACUCCACUCAGAUUCUUUCUACAAAUUACGGGUAAUGAAGGUGGAAUAUGGCAAUCAACUAGUGCAAAUUUUUUCAUCUAACAUAUUCAAGAGACUCGAGAAUCUCAACGAUGUGGUCAUAUGGAAUUGUGAUUCACUAGAAGUGGUCUUCGAUCUCCAAGAGCUGGUUAUAAAUAUAACAAUAACAGAAUCAAUAACGAGUGAAUUGAGAGAUUUGGAUAUUCGAAACCUCCAAAAUUUGAAGUAUGUGUGGAAUAAGGAUCCCCAACAAGCUCUCUCCUUUCCUAACUUGAGUUCAGUUUAUGUUUGGGACUGUCCAAGCCUGAAAAACCUGUUUCCAACUUCCAUUGCUAAAAAUCUUCUCAAACUUAAAACACUUAACUUAGAUGAUUGUGGCUUGAAAGAACUUGUUACAAAGGAGGAAGGAGUGGAAACAAAUCCUAAGUUUGCAUUUCCUCAACUCAAGUGCUUGGACUUGUGGAGAUUAAAUGAGCUAAAUUGGUUCUAUCCUGGAUCUCACACACUAGAAUGUCCAGUUUUAGAAAAGUUGGUCGUCUUUCAUUGUGACAAAUUGGAGACUUUAACCUUUGAACCAGUUGACAGCAACUUGCAAGAAACACAAAUGGAGAACCCGCUUUUCUCAUUUAGAGAGAUCGUCAACAACGUGGAGCAUUUAUCGCUAACAAGAAAGGAUGCAACAUCGAUAUUGCAAGGCCAGUUUCCAGAACACCUCUUUCACAUGCUGAAAGUCAUUCAGAUAAAUUGCUAUCACGAUGAAUCUGCAGUUUUUUCCAUUUGAUCUCCUUGAAAGAUUCCACAGCACGGAAAAACUUCUUGUAGGAUGCAGUCAAUUCAAAGAGUUGUUCCCACA